UGUCUGUCGGGAGUUCAGUGUUGAUUCUGACGGCAGCAGGUACAGCAGUCAGCCGCACUACGCACAUUAUCUUUAUCACCAUUACCUCUCCUCAAGCGCAGGGGAACUUUGGAGCACUUAUUUAUUUUACUUACACGUUUCCAUAACCAUUUUUUGUCGGUGUUUGUUUUGUUCCUCGUAGUAUUGGGUUCACUCGUGUUUGGCAAAGAUGCUGGACUUCUUCGCCAUCUUCAGUAAGGGGGGGAUCGUGUUGUGGUGUUUUCAGGGGGCCGGUGUCUCUGAAUCCUUCACCGGGCCCGUCAACGCUCUCAUCCGCUCCGUCAUCCUCCAGGAGAGGACUGGGAAUAACUCUUUCACUCACAAUGCCUUCAGUCUUAAAUACAAGCUGGAUAAUGAGUUUGAGCUUGUGUUUGUGGUGGGUUUUCAAAAGAUCCUGACGCUGACGUACGUGGACAAGUUUAUAGAUGAUGUGCAGCUUCAGUUCAGAGAUCGCUACAAGAAUGAACUGGAGCAGAAAAGCGCCUUGAAGUUUCUCCUCCAUAAUUAUGAGUUUGGAGAUGACUUUCACAGACUUCUGCGAGAGGCGGAGGAGAGCAGCAAAGCCAAGGCCCCUGUCUCUAUGAGGACUUUCAAUGAGUCCCAGAAGUCCCAAAAAACUGUGAAGUCCAUGAUUGAAACAAAGGAGGGAGAUAAAAGCAAGGAGCAAGGAGGCAAGAAAAAUAAAAAUGCCAAAAAGGAAGCUGAAUCAGGAGGGGAUCAGGCAAAAGUGGCCUCACAGGCUGCCUCAAAUAAGGCAGUGGAGAAUGGAAACGAGGGCCUGACCACAGAGGAGAUUAUUGAGAGGAACCGUGCCAAGUUUUUCAGCAAACAGCUGGGUGGAGGAAAAGUAGAAAAGACCAGUAAAUCCCCUAAACCCCAGAAGCCAAAGGGGAAGGCGAACCGUGUGUGGGAUAUGGGUGGAAAAAGCACUGGACAUCUGGACUACAGUGGAACCAAUGGCAACAACUCCAGUGACACACAAACCCAAGACAAGGACGCCCCUGAACCACUGAUCCAGGUGGAUUCAAUGAAAGGUGACCUGCGAGGUGUUGAUUAUGAGUCCUCGGAUGAAGAGGUAGAAGAGGAAGAGGAGGAGAGAGUUGUGGUGGCAAACACUAACAAGAAAGGAGCUAAAAAGGGUGGUUUUGGGGGAAUGUUUGGCAUGCUGAAAGGCCUGGUGGGUUCUAAGAAUCUAACUCAGGAGGACAUGGAGCCAGUUUUGGACAAGAUGAGGGACCAUCUCAUCGCCAAGAAUGUAGCAGCCGAAAUAGCAUCCCAGCUCUGUGACUCUGUGGCCAAGAAACUGGAAGGCAAAGUCAUGGGCACUUUCACCACUGUGGCCUCUACGGUUAAGCAAGCUCUGCAGGAAUCUCUGGUGCAGAUCCUGCAGCCCAAGCGCCGUGUGGACAUCUUAAGGGACGUGUUGGAAGCUCGUUCUCAGCGCAAACCUUUCGUCAUCACCUUCUGUGGUGUCAACGGUGUUGGAAAGUCCACAAACCUCGCCAAGAUCUCUUAUUGGCUGAUUGAGAACGGCUUCACAGUGCUGAUUGCAGCCUGUGACACGUUCCGAGCAGGUGCCGUGGAGCAGCUGAGGACUCAUCAGCGUCGUCUGAACUCUCUGCACCCCCCUGAGAAGCAAGGAGGUCACCCUGCCAUACAGCUCUUUGAGAAGGGCUAUGGCAAAGAUGCUGCUGGGAUCGCCAUGGAAGCUAUCGCCUAUGCCCGUAACCAGGGCUUUGAUGUGGUGUUGGUAGAUACGGCUGGUCGUAUGCAGGACAACGCUCCCCUGAUGACUGCGCUGGCUAAGCUGAUUGCGGUCAACACCCCGGAUCUGGUUCUGUUUGUGGGAGAAGCAUUGGUGGGCAAUGAAGCUGUGGAUCAGCUGGUUAAAUUUAAUCAAGCUCUGGCUGAUCAUUCCAAGACGGAGAAGCCCAGACUCAUUGAUGGCAUCGUUCUUACCAAAUUUGACACCAUUGAUGACAAGGUUGGCGCUGCCAUCUCCAUGACCUACAUCACAGGUCAGCCCAUUGUGUUUGUGGGCACGGGGCAGACUUACAGCGAUCUGCGCAGCCUUAACGCUAGGGCUGUGGUCAGCGCUCUUAUGAAGGCCUGAGCUGUACACAUGCUGAUCAACACAACAGAGCCUCUUAAGACCUGCUUCUGGGGCGUCAAGCAACUUUCAUGGUUUUGCUGCAAACUAGACAUCAGACUUUGUGACCAACUCAGUUUACUUUGAUGUCAAAUUUCUUGGUGUGGUUUUUUUUUUUUUUUUUUACAGGUUUAACUGAAAUUCAGUUCAUGACCUCUCAUAUUAAAGGUAUAGCUCAUCUAAAAAUGAAAAAUCUGCGAUCAUUUACUCACCCUAAUGUUGUUCCAAACCCAUAUAUAUCUUUUACUUCCAAAGAAAACAAAAGAUGACAGAAUCUUAGGCUCAGUCACCAUUCACUUUCAUUGCAUUUUUUAUUCCUUACAAUGAAAGUGAAUGGUGACUGAGGCAAACAUUCUACUGUGCGGUGUCAUCUUAGACAAUGAUGACACAAUUUAAAUUUUUGGGUGAACUAUACCUUUAAGUGUUCUCUUACUCCCUGUCCAGACAAACGAAGAGGCUAGAGGUAGGAUUCAAAUGUUAUAAGAGAGAUAUAAUAUAUUAUAAAUGUAUUUUGCCUACUUUAAUUUAAUAAUGUUAAAUGAGUUUCAGAGAUCGGCCCGCAACCUACACUGUUGUUUUCAUGAAUUCACUACCAUAGUGCCUCAGCUCAGUCCCAUGAUGCACAGCUCCAGUAACGGGGGCUCUGUAAUAUUCCACAUUGUACUGUAGUCAGACUCCGAAACAAUAGUUUUACAGAUGCUGCCUUUUCUCAUUCCUACUUCACAAUGUCGUUUUUUGUGACUCUGGCUUUCAUGUCAGUGGAUACGAAGGGUAUUAAAAGAUUUUCAGCUCAGUGUGAAGGGCAAGGUCUGCUUGCCAAGAUAUUAGUUGAAUGCGCUUACCCAGUGUGUAAUAAUUAACACCUUGAAAAAUGGACUGGUCGCUCUGUUUCAUCAUAAACCCCUUUUUACUCAACACGUGUAUGGCAGUCUGAUUUCUAAAAUGCUGCUUACCAAACUUCCUGAAGCCCUGCAAAAUUACACAUUUUUUUAUUUCAUAAGUGGCUGUACAGUUGUGAUUUUUUUUUUUUUUUUUUUCUCCUUUCCUACAUCUUCCUAUUAUUUUAGAAAAGAAAUUCGGUCUUAAUUAUUUAACAUCAUAUUAAUUUACUCUAGCAAAUUGGCAAAACUGGAGAGCUACUUGAGAGAAGAUUUGUUGUACUUUGAGAAUGUGUAAUAUUUCUUAAAUAAAGUUGCUAUAAUAGCCUGUAA